AUGGGUUAUUGCUGUGUGGUCAUUCACCAGCCGUCCAUGAUGUUCUGCUCCUGCAGAAAAAGCCAUGAGGAUAAUGACCUUCUCAGACUUCAGGGAAUAUUGCCGGCCUCUCUUCAGGAGUCUUGGAAUCCUCACUGUGUACAAAUCCUCUUAUCUGGGAAUCCGUUUAUGUGUUUGAAUGUUGAUGGCUCAGAAAAUGGAUUGAUCAAUCUGAUUAAAAAAUUGAAAAUUGAAAUUCUGCUAACCAAUGAGAAAUAUGCCAACAAAUUUAGAACCAAGCUUGAGAAAUCGAAAAAAUUGAAGGAUUUCAAACUCUACGAACAUGCUUGUGAAAUUUGGAAAACCGGAGUUUCUAAUGACACUAGCAAGAACGAAGAUGCUGCAAGAAUUGAUGAGAGAGAGAGACUGUUAUAUGCUAUUCAAACAUCAGGAAGCACUGGUGAGAAAAAAAUCGUACAAGUGACUGAAGAUUGCAUUCUACCCAACAUUUUAGAAUUGAGGGAAGUGUUCAAUGUGUGCCCGACAGAUGUGAUUUACUAUGGGUCUCCAGUCACUUUCGACCCCCACAUUGUCGAGCUAUUUCUGGCGCUCACCAGUGGGGCAUCACUGUUCAUAGUUGCCUCAAAGGCUAGAGCCGCCGCCAUUCCUACCCUUGUUGACAUCCUAUUUCCCGAGGAAAACUCUGAAACUCCGGAAAAUGAUUGCGCCAGACCCACUUUGCUUGACGUCCAUUUUCCUGAGGAAAAUCCGGGAAAUGAUGGCGCAAUUUCCACUCUGGUUGACGUCCAUUUUCCCGAGGAAAACUAUGAACAUGAUUGGUGUGUCACUCUUAUCCAAACCACGCCCUCAGUUUUCCUGUCAUGGCCGAAACAGCAGACUCGCGAGCGGGUCAUGAGACGGUUGAAGGUUCUGGCUUUGGGUGGAGAGGAAUGUCCGAGUCAAGAUAAGCUGUCAGAUUACUGUUCACCCGCCGAUUUUUCGAAAAUUUACAAUUUGUACGGAAUAACCGAGGUGUCCUGCUGGGCAUCUUAUAACAAUUGUCUGCUGGAAGGGACUGGCAGACUCUAG